UUCGCGUAUCGUAAUACCUUCGCUAGCUGGUUCUUUGGCUCUAGCGAGACACCGUAGGUCCAAGCCCUGUGCGCUUUCAUUUUGGUUUAGCUACUAGCUAAGUGAUUCCAAAUAGCUUCAUAAUCUUGACUGGAGUUAUUUUUAGCUGGCGAUUAAAGUGUUGUUGGAGGGUAUUCGCUGUGUUCCUGUACCUAGAAAGUGUGUAAAUCCACUGAACAGAGGCGGACCUAGUUAGGUCUGGAUUAGCCGCUCCUCGAGACCGCUGGCUGCUCAGUUCUUAAAAGGAAUAUCUUUACACGUUGGGUGUCAUUAGCAAGUUAGCCCGCUAAAUUACCUAGCGAACACAUCAUCGCUAGGUUUUUACAACAUGUCAUAUCGGAGGACAAUCAAACUUGUGUGUGGGUUCGCUGGCGGAUCAGCGGUGCUUGUUGCCGCAGCGGAAUCCCGUGGUUAUUUCGGUGACACGCAAGGAGAGCGAGCAGGUCAGUGGAGUCGGUUCAAUAUUCUCCAAGCUGCACAGCCAGCGACAUGGUCAGCGGGAAACCACACUGUUGCAUCUACUCGACAUGCCUGGGACUUCAACUGGGAUAAGCGGGACUCGUCCACACUGUUGACAAAUGGAAAGAAGAAGGAGAACACCAGUGAAGACCCAAGCUCGGAGCAGGAGAAUGGCAAACCCAAAGCCACACGCAACAUCCUCCUCAUCAGGCACUCCCAGUACAACCUGAGUGGGAAUGGAGACCAUGAGAGAAUCCUCACCCCUUUAGGUCGGGAGCAGGCUGAGCUUACUGGCCAGCGGUUGGCUGCCCUGGGGCUGAAGUAUGACAUCAUGGUCUACUCCACUAUGGCCAGGGCCACCGAGACGGCCAACAUCAUCAGCAAGUACCUCCCAGGGGUAGAGCUGGUGAGCUGUGAUUUGCUUAGGGAAGGAGCACCCAUCGAACCUGUGCCUCCUGUUAACCACUGGAAGCCUGAUGCUGUGCAGUACCACGAGGACGGGGCCCGGAUCGAGGCUGCCUUCCGCCGCUACAUCCACCGCGCUGACCCCAAGCAGAAGGAGGACAGCUACGAGAUCAUCGUCUGUCAUGCCAAUGUCAUCCGCUAUUUUGUGUGCAGGGCUCUGCAGUUUCCUCCAGAGGGCUGGCUGAGGAUGGGGCUGAACAACGGCAGCAUCACCUGGCUCACCGUGCGCCCCAGCGGCAGAGUGGCACUGAGGACACUGGGAGACUCAGGGUUCAUGCCCCCAGACAAACUCACACGGACCUGAGAAAUGUUCCACCUACAGUAUUCAUUCGUUCUCUCUGAGAGCUUCAGAUGUCAUCGUAGGGUGAACUGAAUGGCUCUUGAUUUCUCUUUAAGUGUCUUGAAAGUUACUUUUGGUGUUCUUUUUGUAAAUUCAACGUGCAAUGAUGUACUAACUUUUAUGUGGUGUUUUGUGAUCAACUCCCGUGCCAUCGUUUGCCAACUGCAGUGUGAAAGGGGAGUAUACAGUAUGUUGUACCCUUCCUUCUCUGAUUUUGUAUUAAACUUAAGGGGAAGCAGGUUUCUCAAUGACUGAACUGUUGCUGUAACCAAUCACUUAACUCAGAAAGCUGAUGUGAUGACUGCCAGUGCCCACUCAUUGCUUAUUAUGAAUGUAAACGGUAUAGUUGAGGGACUGAAGGAUUUUAAAACCAAAAGCGUUCUACAUUUGUAUGGCUUAUUUACUGUAAUGCUGUAAAUGCUUAUCAUGUUCAGUCCUUUUGUAUUUGGAUCAAGGCAUCAUCUGAGGUUUAGAUAGUUGUUGUAUUCAGUAGAAACAUGCAAUAAAGGAGACAUGUAAAUGUUU